UCCAUUUUGCAAUGAUCUAUGAUUGAUAGCAAGCACAGGCAACAGCAGCUGUAGUCUGUAGAUAUUGCUGGUGUAAUCGUAGUCGCUGUCCGUUCCAGCCUCUCGCUAGUUAAAGUUAUUCCUACUGCUGACGCUAGGCGCUGUCCGCGGUGCUGAAGGCUCUUGGAGGUGCUGAGAAAUCGAGAGGCAAGCGAAGCAAUCGUCUCCCAGUAAGCAGUGAAAUGUAAGCUUCUCCUCCAUACAGCUGAUAGCAAUUACACCAACAAACAACCGCCAGCCUCCGCCACCAGAGCCACAACAAGCUAUAUCUUCUCGUCCUCUUUUGUUUUUGGGUAAUUGCUCUUUCCCUCCCCUCUUCAGCCAGCACUUCCAGCCCAGGGUGCUUCUUCUUCUCCCAGUGCUGCCGGUUUCCUACAGCUCGAACAGUAUACGUGUCGGCUUCCAAAGUAUUAGGGAAAUCACAUAUACACACACACGGAAGGUAGAAGAGAAGAGGCUGUGUAAAGAGAGUAAUAAGGAGAUUAUUCAAAGACGAUGUACGCUCUGUGCUUUACCUUAACAGCCAUGCUGCACAUCCACUCUCAAGGUUUGAUUUCUGCAGUAACAAAUGGAAUAAGCAAUAAACCAACUGGACGAUGGGAUCCAAAGCAAGAUGCAACAUCCACCACGCUAACAGAGGAUCUGGAAGGAGAGGUGCCUUUCAUCACAACAGCACCUACUAUGACGUUGUUGAACCACCACCCUCUUUUAGAGGGGAUUCUUCAUGAGAGUAUCAUGAAAAAGGACUUCCAGCACCUACCAUCUUACGUUACCAGAACCAAGCAAGAUGACAGUGAUUUAAAGGACAGAUUGACUGCGCUCAAAACAAGGGUUAAUUUGGCACAUGUAGACCAUUUAUCGACAUCUCAUGAUGAUUCUUUGACACCUACAAUUCCUCUUAACCUGUUUACAAUGAUAAUGGACACCACUUCUGUUGUUACUGAAAAUGGAAAAGAAAUACAGGAAACCAUAUCAUCAGCCCCGUUUCUGGAUUCACUGCCAACUUUGGUUUCUCAAGAUGCACUACAAACAGAGAAGGGUAAUGUUUAUACAUCUCAACAAGGCUUAAGCCAUGUGAAACCUUUAUCGAAUGUUCAUUCUCCAUUAUAUGCUACUACACAAGCGGCUGAAAGUACCAACAGAUUUACAGCAGAGAGGAAGCAUAUAAAAAAGACUAUACCCAACAUAUCUGCAUCUACAGUGACAUUAACUGAAGAAGAAGAGGAAACUACCACGAGCACCAUUAUUACCACCACUGUGACCAUGACCGUGCCAGUACCAGAACCCUGCAGUAAAAAUGUUACUGGUCCUGAGGGCAUUCUCCUGUCUCCAGUCUCCAGUCUCCAGUUUAACACCGGUCUUGACUGCAGUUAUACAGUCUAUGUGUAUUCUGGCUAUGGAGUUGAAAUUAAGGUGCAAAACAUUAGUCUACUGGAAGGUGAGACAGUCACGGUGGAAAGCUUAGAAGGUGUGGAGCCCGUCAUUCUGGCCAAUGAGUCCUUUCUAAUGAGGGGCCAAGUUAUCCGAAGUCCAACCAAUCAGGUCAUGGUGCGUUUUCAAAGUUUACAGCCAUCAAAUCUGGGCACCUUUCGAUUCUAUUACCAAGCCUAUAUUCUGAGCUGUGGAUUUCCUCGAAGACCUCCUUAUGGUGAUGUAUCUGUCACUAGCUUGCACCCUGGAGGAGAAGCGUAUUUCUACUGUAACACAGGCUACCAAUUACAUGGGCCACAUGUCUUAACCUGUCUUAAUGCAACACGGCCAUUCUGGAGUAGUCGAGCUCCUCAAUGUAUAGCUGCCUGUGGGGGACUCAUAAGAAAUAUCACUACCGGACGUUUGGUGUCUCCUAAUUUCCCAGGAAACUACAGCAAUAACCUGACCUGCCAUUGGGUCUUGGAGGCUCCUCCAGCACAACGCCUCCAUUUGCACUUUGAGAAAGUCUCCCUGGCUGAAGAUGAUGACAGGCUCAUCAUCCGAGAUGGAAACACCAUUGACUCCCCUCCUGUGUAUGACUCGUAUGAGGUGGAAUAUCUUCCAAUUGAAGGUUUACUCAGUACAGCUCAACACUUUUUCAUAGAGCUAACAACCGAUAGCAGCGGCAGCUCGACAGGGGUGGCACUACGUUAUCAAGCCUAUGAGCAAGGACACUGCUAUGAGCCUUUUGUAAAAUAUGGCAACUUUACAAGUAGUGAUCCUACCUUUGCUGUUGGAACCGUGGUGGAGUUCACUUGUGAUCCUGGAUAUACCCUGGAGCAGGGAUCUACUAUCAUUGAGUGCCAAGAUUCUGGAGAUCCCCAGUGGAAUGAGACAGAACCUGCUUGCAGAGCUGUCUGCAGCGGUGAGAUCACAGACUCCGCUGGAGUGGUUCUGUCACCCAACUGGCCAGAAGCUUAUGGGAAAGGGCAAGAUUGCAUCUGGGGUAUCCAUGUAGAGGAAGAAAAGAGAAUCCUUUUGGACAUACAAGUCCUGAAUGUUGGCAGGAGUGACAUUCUUACUUUUUAUGAUGGUGAUGACUUGACAGCCCGUGUUCUAGGUCGAUACACUGGGACACACAACCGUUUUAAAAUCUAUACAUCAAUGGCCGAUGUCAUUAUCCAGUUCCAGACUGAUCCUGGCAGUACUGUGUUCGGCUACCAGCAAGGUUUCAUCAUUAAUUUUUUUGAAGUACCAAGGAAUGAUACAUGUCCAGAAUUACCAGAAAUUCCCAAUGGCUGGAAGACCACCUCACAGUCUGAACUUGUCCAUGGCACUGUUGUAACCUACCAGUGUUAUCCUGGGUAUGAGAUUGCAGGAGCUGAGCUUCUUAUGUGUCAGUGGGACCUUACCUGGAGUGGAGAUCUUCCUUCGUGUGAAAGGGUGACGUCCUGUUCGGAUCCCGGAGAUGUUACUCACAGCCGCAGGAUUCUUUCAAAUGCAAAGUUCCCGGUGGGCAGCACAGUGCGUUAUGUGUGUGACAAAGGCUUUGUGCUGACUGGAAGCAUUACCCUUACCUGCUACAACCGUCAAGCUGGUGUGCCCAAGUGGAGUGACCGUGCACCAAAGUGUGUCCCUGAAAAAUAUGAGCCAUGUGUAAACCCAGGGACACCAGAAAAUGGUCACCAAGAACCUGAGAGAAGGGUGUACCAACCAGGAGAUGCCUUGAGAUUUUCCUGUAAUUCUGGAUACAUGCUGAUGGGAGAACAUAGUAUAAAGUGUAUUCCUGGACACCCAUCACAAUGGAGCAGCUCUCCACCAAUCUGUAAAGCUUCCUAUAAAGAAUUCUACAGUAACCAGGGAGUUGAAGCUGUGGAGAAGGCAGCGGCGUCAGGCAUCCCUGUAGAAGGAACACACAUCCUGCUGGCCAUCUUUGUUCCUGUGAUCAUGGUGGCACUUGUCAUCGCUGCCAUCUACCUAUACUUCUCCAAGCUACAAGGAAAAGCUCUCCUACGCCUGCCCCUCUCCGCGUCGCCUCCAUAUGAUCAAGUCACUGUGGAGUCUGCUUUUGAUAAUCCCACAUUUGAGACAAUAGACACAAGAGAAUAUGAAGUAUCCAUAUAGACGUACGAGCAUCAUCAGUUUUGAUGGGAGAGACCUAGAAGAAAACGAUAUCUUGUCGCUGUCAAAUGUGAGAAGUUCCCAACUCUUUGCUUCUUCAGUGGAUGAACUAUUUUACCCCAAAAUGGGAGAAUUUACCGCAAUGGUGAAACUUCAGCCUCCACACCAACCCACAACUAACUUGACAUUCCCAAAUCCUGUCCUUCUGUCUGUUUCCUGCUACUGUUCUUAUUGCCCUUUCCCCAUUUGAUCCUUUCUCAGAUCUACAACUGGAUCUUUCCUAUAUAGAUCUGGAGAAGAUUCCUCCACGUGCAGUGAUCUGGUGAUACUCUUGACAACAGUUCUAAAAGUUAAGGGUUACAAUUAAAUACUGAUUGAAUGGUUGAAGACUUUAAGAAGGAGUAAACUGAUCCACUAGAUACAGUUGCAUGAAUAAAACUCAUAUACACAGAAUAAUCCCACGCUUACAAAAAAAAGAGAAACAAGCAGAUACAUUAAAGGGGUACUCCCGUGGAAAACUUUAUUUUUAAAAUCAACUGGUGCCAGAAAGUUAAACAGAUUUGUAAAU